AGCAGUCAUAGACGAGAGCAGAACCGUCUUGUAACGUCAAGCGUGCCAACUGUCGUGAAAGCACAUUGACGCAGGAAAAAGCGAGAAGGAAGCUAAUAAGUCCGUUUUAUUAUUUCUUCUUCAGCUUGAAAUAUUUACGUCGUAUAAAUUACAUAUUUGAUUCUUUAUUUGAGGUUAAAAUCGUCUCGAUGCGCUGUGCCGCUUCUCCUGCUAUCUUUGCCUGUUAGUUGGCAUAGCUCGCUAGUUAGCUUAGCUUGCUAGCUGCUAACAGAAGACAGAAGUGAUCAACACAUCGCUAAGUAGAGAUCAAGUGUGAGAGUAAAGUGUUGUGAUUGUGUGAAAAUGUCUACACUACACAUGUUGAGAGCGUUGGUGGAUCAGCGACUAACUGCUGCCGUUGAAGACAUAUUUGUAGUGUUAGAAAGAACGAUAGCAGAAUACGAGGCGGAACUUUCUAGAACAAAAGAGGAGAACAAUCAACUAUUGGACGCUGUUUUCAAGAAACAUCAAGUUGUGUUACACAGAACAGACGUCAAGCAACCCUCCCACAUGAAAAAGGAACAGAAGGAUCCACAGCCCCCCCACAUAAAAGAGGAAGAGGAGGGAGAGUGUCUUGGAGGGCAGGAGGAGGAUGAUGUCAGCAGGUUUCCACUGACUGUUGUCUCUGUAAAGACUGAAGAGCGUAAAGACAAAGCACCUGAGUCCUCACAGCUUCAUCACAGUCCAAACGUCUGUGAAGAAAAAAUUCUGCCUGAAAAACAGGAGAGUAGCUUCAGGAUGCUGAAGAAGGAUCCAUCAAAGAGGAAGACCAGGCACCACGGACCCUCUGGCUUCUCUUUUUCCUCUGUGACACAGACUCUUCAAUGUAAAAAGGAAGAGGAAGACUCACUGACCCCCCACAUUAAAAAGGAAGAGGUGGAACACAGCAUCAGUCAGGAGGGAGAUCAUAUUGUAGGACUGGUGGAGUUCCCAGUGAUUGGUGUCCCUGUGAAGAGUGAAGAUCAUGAGGUCAAAGGUGAAAGUGAGGAGAUGGGAGGGGGGGAGCCUCCAAGCAGCAGCUCAACACAACACAUGACAAGAGAAGCUGAUGGAGACCACUGUGGAGGAUCACAAGCAGACAAGCUCUUAGCUCCACUAUCAGAUAGUGAGGACACCACGUCACACUCUCCUGACACGGAUGAUGAAGACUCUAAAGAUGAUGGAACAUGUCACACUAACAACAAUCCCCUAAAAUGUUCUAACUGUGACAAAACCUUUAAAAACCGUAGUCUUCUGAAAAGACACAUGAGAACACACACUGGAGAAAAACCUUUCCCCUGUUCAAUCUGUGGUAAAGGUUUUGUACACCGUCACCAUUUGAAAGCACACAAUAGAAUACACACUGGUGAAAAACCUUUUAUCUGUUCAAUCUGUGGUAAAGGUUUUGUAGAAAGUCAGAGUUUGAAAAGACAUAUGAGAACACACACUGGUGAAAAACCUUUUAUCUGUUCAAUCUGUGGUAAAGGUUUUGUACAAACUCACAAUUUGAAAGUACACAUGACAACACAUUCUGGUGAAAAACCCUUUUGUUGUUCAAUCUGUGGCUUAUAUUUUUCAAGGAAGGAACAUUUGAAAGUACACAUGAGAAUGCACACUGGUGAAAAACCUUUGUCCUGUUCAACCUGUGGUAAAGGUUUUGCUCUAAGUAACAAUUUAAAAGUGCACGUGAGAACACACACGGGUGAAAAACCUUUUUCCUGUUCAAUCUGUGGUAAAGGUUUUGUGGAAAAUGGCAAAUUGAAAGUACACAUGAGAACGCACACUGGUGAAAAACCCUUUUCUUGUUCAAUCUGUGGUAAAGGUUUUGUACAAAGUAACCAUUUGAAAGACCACAUGACAACACACACUGGUGAAAAACCUUUUCCUUGUUCAAUCUGUGGCUUAUCUUUUAAAAGGAAGGGACAUUUGAAAAGACACCAGAAAACUACACACACUGGUGAAAAAUUACAUUCCUGUUCAAUCUGCAACAGAAACUUUUGUGAACGAUCAAACCUUGUAGCACACAUGAGAACACACACUGGUGAAAAACCUUUUCCUUGUUCAAUUUGUGGCUUAUCUUUCAAAAGGAAGGAACAUUUGAAAAGACACAAUAGAACUACACACGCUGGUUAAAAAUCACAUUCCUGUUCAAUCUGCAACAGAAGCUUUUGUGACCGAUUAAACCUUGUAGCACACAUGAGAACACACCCAGGAGAGAAAGUGUUGAGUUGCAGUGUGUGUGGUGAAAGAUUCUCUUCUAUGUGCCAGUGUAAGAAACACAAGUGUGCUGGUGAGAACAGCAGCAGCAAAUUAAACUGCAGGAUUUGAAAUAAACUAUCAAGACUUUAA